AUGAUAGAGAUAUUCAAUCUUAUUGAUUCUACUUCCCCGCCCAUCAUUACAAUAAAUGGAACACAUCAUGACGAAGAAUCGAUUAAACAAUUUACGAAACACUUCUUUAAUUAUAAUAUCUUCUCUAUCAAUGGUACAAACUUAUUUGGUGGUGUUCUAGUUGCUGUACAUAAAUCAAUUCAUACUCAAAGAAUAGUUGGUUUUGACAAUAUACCAAAUUUGAUUGCACUAGAAAUAGGAUUGGACAACAACAAAUUUCAACUAGUCACAUGUUACUCACCACCACAUGAACAAAUUCCUUUUAAGAUUUUUGAUCGAAUACUACAAAUAAAUGAAAAUACAAUCAUCACCGGAGAUUUCAACGCAAAACAUAAUUCUUGGUCUCGCUCGAUAGAAAAUCCAAAAGGAAAAACAUUAUUUAAUUGGUUAUCUUCAUUACAAACACGUUCAACAAUGGAUAUCAUUAAUAAAUUUAUACCAACGUCAACUCGCUCAAACGCAACGAUUGAUCUAAUUAUUACACCGUCGCAUAUGUCAUCGAAUUCUUUUUCAGUUUUGCCGUCUAUUGGUAAUGAUCAUCAUCUAGUUAUUUGGUGCUCCACAAUUAAAAUAUUUACUGCACAUCAAACGUAUCCAAUCAAACGAACACAUUGGAAGCUAUUCGAAGUAUUUCUUACUUUUACCGGUAGCUAUUGGAACAAACUUGCAGAGGAUAUGACUCAUUCAACCGCUUUCUUCACACUUUACGAAAGGUUUUUGUCGUUAAGUAUAUCACGUUUCACCAAUGUUACAUUCAGGAAGACAUUUAAACCAACAUUACCACAACAUAUAGUUAACUUAACUAAUGAAAAACGUCUGUACUUGAAAUUGUUUCGACGAACUUAUCAUCCUUACUAUGCAAUGAUGUUAAGAGACACAACGAAACGCCUACAAAAAACACUUUUUCAAUAUAAAAGAAAAUUAUGGCUUGAUUAUUGUGGAUCAUUCAAUGAUUGUGAUACAAAAUCUUUUUGGCAGAAAGCAAAACGACAUUUCCACUCAAAAUCUGCACCAGUUGAAGGUUUUGUCAUUAACAACAGCACGGUUUCUACACCAGAAGAAAUGUGUGCUAUUGCAAAGGAUUAUUAUGAAGAACAAUUUGCUGAUCAUCAACAUACACAAACAGAUAUUGAUAUUGAAGCAAGGAUAAAUGAGAAAGAACUCAAUGAAAUCUUGAUUAACAUUCCUUCUAAUCCAAUGAAUAUAAAUUACCAGCAAUUAUGUAGAGUUGUUGCAUCAAUGAAAAAGAAAAAUUCGUCUGGUAUAGAUGGGGUUUCAAAUAGAAUUAUCAAGUUACUUCCACCAAAUCAUCUAUCGAUAGUCCUUGCAUGUAUGAACAAUUUUGCUACCAGUUUGCAAACACCUUCACACUGGCAUAUUGCAAAAAUGAUAUUAUUAUCCAAAACAAAAUCCAAGACCACAUCUAUUGAUAAAACAAGACCUAUCUCUUUAUUACCCUGCUUUUCCAAGCUUUUUGAAAAAAUUUUUCUGAUCCAUUUUCGCAGAUGGAUAGAUGAUUUUGCAAUACUUCCACCUGAACAAACCGGGUUUAGACCAAAGCACAACAUGUCCGUGCGCUUGGUAUCUAUGAUCGAUCAAAUUGGACAAAGUUUAUCAAUAAAUACAGCUGCAGCUGCACUUUUCGUAGACUUUAGUUCAGCGUUCAACCAAUUAUGGUUUAAUGGUUUAUGGUUGAAACUAACUAGGUUACAUUGUCCACUAUAUAUAAUAGCAUGGUUGAAGCAUUACUUAUGUGGUAGAAAAGCGUAUAUUGAUAUAAAAAGUACAACUUCACCUACGUUUGAACUCUCAAAAGGUGUUCCACAAGGUAGUUGUAUCGGUCCUGUACUAUUCAUUGUCUACCAUCAUGAUUUACUCGAACAACUGUCAACUAUCCAUUGGAAGCACUUAUUUGCUGACGAUUUGGCGGUAUUGAUUGGACCAUCAGCAGCAUCAUUACAACAAUCAAUAUUAAGUGAAUGGAUCUAUCUAGUACAAGUAUUUCGUGAUUUUUCCCAAGGCAACGGUUUAAUUUCAUUUUUGGGAACUAACGUAGAAAUGAAGCUUGGAGGGAUAGCUCCUAAUGGUCGCAUUAUUAUCCUCCCGAAAACGUACAAUAAUGGAACUUGUUCAUGUGCUACUUCAAAUCUUAUCAAUGCUACUUGUCUUGGAUCUCUAAAUCAAGCAGUGGAUUCAUGCAUAAUGGAUAUUUUGCCAUUACAGCUUUCCUCAUCGGUUUCAAAUUUUGCCAUUAACGAUCAAAUUGAAACUAUCGUCAAUCGAGCAUUCAUUGACUUUUGGUCAAAUGAUACGUCUUAUGAGCAAUAUUACACUGUGUGUGCACCAAUAUUCUGCAGUUACGUGAAGCAACAGCGUAUGAAUCCUGUUUAUGCAUUGACAAUGUUGUUAAAUGUAUUUAGUGGACUUUUAGUAGUACUUAAAUAUAUAGUUCCACUUUUAGUUGGAAUGGCAUAUAAAUUACGUUCUCGUUUCAAAUCAUCACGGGUAUCAUCGAGCUAUUAG